UUCGCCUAAACAAAACGCUUCCUCUCCUCCUCCUCUCCCCUCCCCCCCUUUCCCCAAUUUCUAGGGUUUCUCCUCGAACCCCUGCGAUCGCCAUGAAGAUCACAUCGCUCCUCGUCCUAAAAUGCUCCGGCGAUUCCUCUUCCUCCUCCGCGGCGGCGCCGGACCCGGUGGUGCUCGCCAACGCCUCCGACGUGAGCCACUUCGGCUACUUCCAGCGCACCGCCGCCAAGGAGUUCAUCCUCUUCGUCGCCCGCACCGUCGCCAAGCGCACCCCUCCCGGCCAACGCCAAUCCGUUCAACACGAGGAAUACAAGGUUCACUCUUACAAUAAAAAUGGUCUUUGUGCUUUGGCAUUUAUGGACGAUCAUUAUCCUGUGCGAAGUGCAUUUUCUCUUCUAAACAAGGUACUAGAUGAAUAUCAAAAAACUUUUGGUGAAUCGUGGAGAAGUGCUCAAACAGAUUCCACUCAACCAUGGCCAUAUUUAACUGAGGCUUUAACGAAAUUUCAGGAUCCUGCUGAGGCUGACAAGCUGCUGAAAAUUCAGAGGGACUUGGAUGAAACCAAAAUUAUCCUUCACAAGACCAUCGACAGUGUCCUCGCGCGAGGAGAGAGAUUGGAUAGCCUAGUUGAAAAGAGUUCAGACCUAAGUGCUGCCUCCCAGAUGUUCUACAAGCAGGCUAAGAAGACGAAUUCGUGCUGUUCGAUACUUUAGGUAUGAGGGGUAAAACCAUUUUAGAGUUCGAGUUUGUGUGUGUAUUUGUGGUCUCUUUUAUAAUAUAGAUCUAAUCCUAUGAAAUGCUGUUAUAUUUUCUUGGUGUUAUCCAUUGAAUUGUUUGAUAAAUCUAUAUAUGCCAUACCAUUUCCUUUUUAAUUCUUUGUAAGCAACAUAUUAUUGGAGUCUAAUGAUAAAUAUCUACGAGUUUUUCUUUUUUUUUU